AUGAAGUCAUUGACAAUCGUUGUUGUACUAUUGUCUCUUCUGGCUUACGCCACAGCACAGUUUGGCAUCUACCUUGGCGCGCAUCCUGGAUGGGGCUACGGUUAUGGCCAUGGAUAUUACGGACGCCCAUGGUGGGCUCGACGACGUUUCUGGGGACCACCACCACCAGGACAUCCUGCUUGAAUGCAUUCCUUGAUAAUUGCUCUUCUACUACUGUCGCUUGUUGAUUACGCCCCAGCACAGUUCGGCUUAUACAUUGGCCCACAGCCUUGGAUGUUUGGAGGUUAUGGUGGUGGCUAUGGCGGAUGGGGAUAUAGGAGACGAUGGUGGAGACGACCAUGGAGAAGGCCAUGGUUUGCGCGCCCAUAUUAUUAUACGCCGUAUUUUUGUUGUUAA